GGCCCUCCAAAUUUAAUAAUGCAAUGUUUCUUUUCUUAUAUAGUUGUUUAUAUAUAUGUGUAUGAUCUCUAUUAUAUAUACAACAACACUCUAAUCUCUUCUUGACCCUAAAGAAAGAAAAAAAAUCUCUUGUUUUGAUCACCUUUCUUAAAGAUAGUAGAAUGGAAGCAAGGAAGAUUAAGUUUCCAUCUUUAUUACUCUCGUUCUUACUUAUCUCCGGAAUCCCUUCGAUUCUUGGGUUGAGUAUGAGUAUGAGAGCCACUACUAGAUCGGAGCCGGAGGCAUUUCAUGGCGGAGACUUCUCGGAAGUGAUGAAGAUCAGGAAGUUGAUGGUUACAAACUUGGAAGUUGAUGAUUCAAGUGACUAUUAUGAUGAAGGAUCAUCAUUACCAUCACCACCAGUGCCUGAUUAUGAUGAUAUCUAUAGAAGGCAAGGUGAUGUCCCAAGCCCCGGUAUUGGCCACUGAUACAUGUCAUGGAAAAAUAAUGGUUCCCUUUUUUACCAUUGAAUUGUCUCAGUUCCUCGUGUUGAUGGGAGAGCUUCAUAUGAAUGUAGAUAUGCAUUUGUCCGUUGUAAAAAUGUUACAUGUUAUUAAGAA